GCAUAUUUUAAUAUCUUUGUCGCUGGCGUAAAUGUGGUCAGACGUUCGCUUGACUAGCCAAUCAUGUAGGUGAUUGUCUUUGUUGCGGUAGGCACCAUGUGAUUUUGACGUCCCUCGUCUGUUGGAGAUGCUUGGCGUUGGCAUAACGAACUAUAGUACCGUGCCAUGUAUUAUCCUGCUGCGCUUCCAUCUUCUAUCUAAGUUCCAAAUGAUGUGUGUAUGGACGUGUACUUUCUGUUCCACUUCCACCGUAGUUGUUUGGGCUCUUUCCUGGAGCCGAGCAGGAGAUUGAAACUCAACUCAGAUUAUAGAAAGUUUCGAUUCAUUGUAAAAUCAUGCUAGCUAGACCACCCUGAGCAAAUAUUGGGAGUUGCAAAAGGCUUUCCAGUGAACGAGGCGCAUUGUUCACAGCAAAACAAAAUGGGGGGCCAGGGUUCUAAAGUUACGGUUCCGCAACAUGAUCAAGAGCUGGUGGCAACCGAAAUCGCGACAAAACUUGCAAAUGAGAAUUUACCUGCAAGAGAUGUACAAGAAACAGCUGAACAAGAGAUCAAUCAAGCCGCCAAGGACGACGCCAUCACUCGCAACCUCAGUAGCUCUCAACGGGAAAUGGAACAAACAAUAAAAGCGAAAUUACAAGACGACCCCGCGUUCAAGCAGGUCAUGGAGUCCAUCAAGGACGGCAAGGCGACCGAGCUGCACGCGCGUUACUGGUCCGCCCCCGAUUAUCCUUUCCCUUAUCAUACUGCAAAGUUGUUGCCUUUUGCUUUUCCAGAAGACAGUUCGAAGAGAAGUGAAAAAUGGAAAAGGUAGGAACGCUAUACUCAUUUCCAUUGAUGUCAUGCUCAUGCAUAAGAUUGCCUUUAUCUUACAGCACUCAAUAAUGAUGUUCCUCCGCCUCUACUGCAGAGCAAGGGAGUUUCAGUUACUUGCUUCACGACUAGGAUGUAUCGGGGCGGCAGCUUUACAGAUGAUAACAAGAUAAACCACCUUAUUUUCGCCAAUACUGAGAUACCCGAGCUGAAUUCUGAACCUGAAGGCCCAGGACCCAAAAUCGAGCUCGUCAAAGGUGAUGGUGAUUUCAAGGACACAGCUACCGAAAACACGAUAAGUCGUCCGGCCGAUUAUUUCGAGCGCGGCGGAAAAGUCACUUUUGACGUGGUGAAGGGCGAGGGCGAACAGAACGAGUUGGAAAUGGAGUUCCAAGCUUACGUGGAUACGAUGCCCCAUGUGGAAAUCUCCAAACAAGGCAGUGUUGCAACUUCGGCCUCCUCCUCCACGCUGCAGCAACAGCAAAUCGGCGAUAAAACGUCGACCCACGAUGUGCCCAACACCGAUCCAGCAGAAAGAGAAACCGUCACCACCGAGGACGCAAAUCAACCAACUACACCCAGCAUCAAGAAGAACCCAUCGUUCCGUGGCACAGCGAGGCUGCAGAAGGAGCAAGAAGAGAAACAACAAGCCAAAGCGCUGGUGGAACAACAAGAAGCCAAAGCUGCGUCAUCGGCCACCGCUACCUCCGCCACUUCUGCGUCCGCCAUCCAAUUGGAAGACCAAAGUGCGGACAAGAAGAUGAAAAACAAAAACGCGGCGUUCCAAUCUCACUCCUAUACCAGAACUUUCACCUUCGAAAAACCGGCUGCAACCAACGCGUUCUUCUUCCAGGACGAGCAGACCGCCUUCAAGUUCAAGACCGACGCCGCCAACCUAAAGUCGAUUCUGCACAACCAGAAUGUCCAGGUGUUCGGGGUGAUCUCCAUCUUCGGUCUGAUUGUGCUGCGCUGCAUCUACAACCGGAGUAAAAAUCACGAAAAUGUGCACGACAAGAUGAAACCCUCGUCUUCGCGCCAGUUCGACGAGAAUCUGGGUCCGAAACUUGCCGCGCGGAUGAAAACCGGAAAUACCACCUCCACGAGCAGCAGUUUUGCUUCUUUGCACAGUAAAAAAUCGUCCGCUAAGAAGAUGACCGGGAGCAAGUUCGUGGAGAUGUACGGUGCGGUCAGUCCGAGCUUCGAUCGGAUGCGUAGUGCGCACGGCGAUGCUAUCGGGAUGUCUUUCGAAUCGGAGAUGGAGCCGGAUGAGGAGGUGGAUUGAGGUUGUGUUUUCCUCUGACGGGGAGGAACUCUUCUUCUUGUCGAAAAUGAUCGCAGACGCAAGCAUCGAAACGUCUGCAGUUAGCUGCAGCCACAUUCGCACGAGACACAUGAACCGAAGUACGAGAGAACUCGGAAGCGCGUUUCCUACUACCAAGGACAAAAUCCUAGAUUACAAUUACGCCUACUCCUACACCUCUGGCUGCAGGAGAAAAACUAAAUAAUGGGAUUCGUGCACUGAGCUCGACUCGGUGUCAUCUCUCUUUGACUCUAAGCUUUGCUUAUUCACGAAUAACAGACAAAUUACCAAUCGAAAAAAGUGAAUUAUGAAGCGAUUGUAUAUCCAGUCUAUCUCUACUUAUCGUGUGCUUUGACCUCAACUUUUACAACUUGACAACUAAUACAUGAUAUCUUGUUUUGCGAAAACGCUUGAGAGAUACACUUGUAAGCACAUCCAAAAAGACGAAAGAGAAGAUGAUGGUCUCUACUAAACGGAUAAGCUUGUUGUGACUGAAUGAAUGAAUUGUGCCGCUCAAUAUGUGGUCCUCUUGAUGCAAAUUUUAAUUUUCGCACUGAUUCUAGAAAAAAAUCUUGUACCAAACCUGUAUCCUCGUGAAAUAUUCCCUAUUCGCUCCGAGCAAGAGCGUCAACGUACAGUCGUCGAAGCAUCAGGCUUGUGACGAAAUUAACGUGAAGAAAUAGCAAUGAAUUAUAAUUGAAAGCGAAAUUUCAAAAAUUAACAAGUCGUAAAACUGUAUUAAAAAAUGUACAUUGUUUACCUAUCAAUUGAAAUUGAAAACAAAAAGCGCCUAGGUUGUCGUAGUGUGUUAGCAGCGCAGGCUAUCACAUGUCGAUAAAUGGAGUGCUGUAGUUGUAGCUGGAGCUAGGAAGAAAGGAGAAGCUGACGAGUAGCACCGGACCCGAAAUACUUCCUCCUCCAUCAACACUGUAUAAAUAGAAAGGCGUGCUUUGAAAAACAAGAAGAGUAACGAAGCAACGCGAGGGUUUUGCUUUAGCCGUUGUGGAACCUCCGGGUCAUCAGGCAGGAACAGCCUACGCGCCGCUCCGCACCGUGUUCAUCAAUCGCUU